UGUAAAACACAACAUCCUGUGUCUGCCCAACGCUCAGAGCUGUGGAGCUCAUGCUGCUGCAACCAAAACAGUUUCUGAACGGUGGAUUUAAAAGUAUUUCUCGAAGUUAUUAUGGCAGCUCAAGGGGUUUGGUUGAUGCUUUGCCUCCUCCUGCUGGCACACUGCACGCUGCAGCAGACCCCGUCAAAGAAAAGAACUGGAAAGAGAGACUCUGAAAACAGCGCUGCAAUCGAGGAGCUGAAGAAACAGAUUACUGAUAUUGUUCAGGAGCUGAGUUUGCUGAAAGAGAAGCAGGCUUUACAGACAGUGUGUCUGCGAGGCACCAAGGUCAUCGGCAAGUGUUUCCUGGCUGACAUGGCAAAGAAGACUUUCCACGCAGCCAGCGAGGACUGCAUCGCCAUGGGAGGCAGCCUGAGCACUCCUCUGACAGGAGACGAGAACGACCAGCUCUACCACUAUGUACGCCAGAGCAUCGGCCCAGAGGAGCACAUCUGGCUGGGCAUCAACGACAUGGUGACCGAUGGCCAGUGGGUGGACCAAUCAGGCUCCGGCGUGCGCUUCAAGAACUGGGAGACAGAGAUCACCCUGCAGCCAGACGGAGGCCGCAGCCAGAACUGUGGCAUCCUCUCCACCACAGCCAAAGGGAAGUGGUUUGACGAGAGCUGCCGGGCUGAAAGGGCUUUUGUGUGCGAGUUCAACAUCGUCUGAGGCCUGGUUUCUGACAUCAACGCCACGCUGUGCCGAUGAACACUCACAUGAGCAUUGAAUACUUCUAGCAGAGAAGAAUGAGACAUGUAGAGUAUUGGGUACUUUUAUGCAAUGCAUUGAAAAAUAAAGGGCUGCAUCAUUUCUUAAACCAUUGACCGAGUGAUGUGCGCGGACGGUCUGGGGACCAAACUCCAAAGUAUACAACUCUGUACUUGGCUUACUUGGUAUUGAGAAACAGCUGAUGCAUUACAAUCAUACACACUUUGUGUUCAUACUAAUUCAGCACGUUAUUAUUAUGAUCCAAUGUUUGUGAUAACAUAAUACAUAUAUCUCACAGGAGUGACUAACACAUUUGUUAAAUUAUUGUCCUUUUGAGUUGCACUGCGGUGGCAACGUCAUCGUCCAAAUAUAAACUACUCCCCACUCCAGCCCAGUAGGUGGCGGUAAUGCACCUAUAAGCUGGUCUGUCACGUACUACUAUACUAUUAAGUAUGCCAGUAUUUAAAUGAAAAAUGCAUUUAAUAAAUACUCAGAAGUCUACCUUAUGAUAUAGUAUAUUCUAGUUAUUAUACAACAUUUAAACGAUGUCUUACUUACUCAAAUGAUCAUCAUUUUGAUCUAAUAGUGACACUGAAAUCCAUGUACCCCCAUUUGAGAUCCACUGAUGCUUGUUGCUAAACAUACACUAAAUAAACUUCUGUUCUCGAAUACUCCAGCAUCUUAUAGCAUAUUCAUCAAGAAAAUAAUUACUGGAUGGUUCGUCUUUGCAAUAUGUAUUUUUUAGUUAUAAGCAUAAUGUUACUUUAUUUACUCACACUCUCCAGAUGUUUCCUGGUCCUACUUUUCUCAAAGCAUCUGUCCCCACUUGCGCAGGACAAUGAGUCGUUGUCUCCACCCUACACACAUCAUGAACACCUCAUUUCUGUGUUGGCACUCUGAAUGGCUUUCUCAUCCAAAGGAGGGUUACAUCAGAGCAACAUGUUUGGACGUCUCCAUGGACAUCCGCUGAGAUAGUCAACAGCAGUGUGUCAUUGAAGGGCGUGUCCUCAUCCCAGUCCUAUCACAACUCAAUCAGCCUGUUGAGUAUUCAGGGACACAUUGUACACGGCUCUUACUUCAUUGUUUUUACAGUGAACACUUUAUUUCCUUAUGAGUGAGAAUGGACUUAUGGCUAGGAACUCUGUCUCCCUCUGCAGUCCAUUUAAUGAACUUCAGGAGGAGACAUGGCUUAACGAGACAAACACACGUUAUUCAGUUUGAUUGUAAAAUCUUGAAUCACACUUUUCUUUCAAAUGAGACAAGUCAAUAUUUUGACAUCUUCUUAGUCAGGCAUAAUGUUUAAAAUCGGUAUCUUAAAUAAAGAUUAGAAUCCUC